AAUGAUUUAUAUGAGUAUACUUUUAGGUAUGAGAGUUUAGUUUUGCCAAAAGAGCAGUUGCGGAAAGAAAUAGAGUAUCUUAAAGAAAACCUAACUCAAAUCAAUAGUCCUGUUGUUUUUUGCCACAAUGAUCUUCUUUUAGGAAAUGUGAUAUGUACAGAUGACGAAAGUUCGGUUGUUUUCAUCGAUUACGAAUACGCCGCGUACAACUAUCAGGCAUUUGAUAUUGGUAACCAUUUUAACGAAUUUGUAGGCAUCGAACCAGAUACAAUUGAUUACUCAAAAUAUCCUUCUAAAGAGUUACAAUACGACUGGUUAAAAACGUAUUUGUUGGAAUUCAAAAAUACUGACAGCGUUAAAGACGAAGAUAUUUAUAAAUUGUAUAUACAAGUUAACAAAUUCUCCCUUACCAGCCACUUGUUUUGGGGCAUUUGGGCUUUGAUCCAAGCGGAACAUUCUUAUAUCGAUUUCGAUUUUAUAAAAUAUGGUGCUAUAAGAAUUAACGAAUAUUUAGCUAAGAAAGAGGAUUUUUUGAACUUGGAUGGGAAUGAAACAUCCAGCUGAUGCGUCGUUAUUUUUGUUAUUAGUAUUUUGUUUGUUAUACACAUAAAUUUGUUUAUACAAAAAAUUAAAU